AUGACAACCUAUGAGAAAACAAUCAAGUUCUUGACACCAUUCUUGGCUGCCAAAAGCAUCAAUCCAUCCUCAGGAAAGCCCUUUUUUCUCGGAAUUGAAGGUCCGCAAGGUUCCGGGAAAACAACACUAUCCAGAACUCUUGCAAAAGAGAUCCCGAGGUUAUACCCCAAAUUAAAAGUAAUUGCAUUUUCCAUGGAUGACUUUUAUUUAACGUAUGAAAAGCAAAACAAACUAGCGAAUCAGAAUCCAGACAAUAUCCUGUUGAGCGGGCGCUUUCUUGGUACCCAUGACUUGGAUUUGCUUAAUAAAUGUAUGACAAGGCUCUCCAAAGAAAAUGAUGGUGUUGACAUCCCUGUUUACGAUAAAUCUAAACAUGAUGGAAAAGGUGAUCGAUUACCAUUCAUGAAUUGGACCCAUAUAGUUGGUCCGGUGGAUGUUGUAAUUUUUGAAGGAUGGUUUAACGGAUAUCGUUCAUAUAAAGAGAGCAGUGACGUUUUGAAGCAGUGGAAAGUUUUGAAAUUUCAGCAUCCCAUUGCUUGUGAAGGAAUUAGUGAUAACAAUAUUGUCCGGUUGAAUCAAGAUCUUGCAGAAUAUGAAUGUAUUUGGAAAUUUUUUGAUGCUUUCGUAGGCAUCACCACAGACAACAUCGAGAAUGUGUACAAGUGGAGAUUACAACAAGAACAUGACUUGAUAAAAUCAGCUGGAUCUGGUAUGACUGAUAAGGAGGUUCAUCGGUUUGUGGAUAGAUAUAUGCCGGGAUACUGGCUAUUUUAUGGAAGUUUAGGCCUAACUAUGAAGCAGUUUCCUAGCAUAAAUGUUUGCAUUGAUGAGAAAAGAAAUGUCAUUAGAUGCAGCAGUAGAAGUCAUCUUUAG